GGGUGUGGGGCGUGGGGGUUCCCGGCGGCGUCGCCCGGGGAGAGCCGUCCCACCUGCUGCGGGGGCGCUUCCCGCGAGGGCCCCCGCCUGGGACGCGUGGGGGGCUGUUGCCGUGGAGGCGGGGAGCAGCCGGGCCACCAAAAUAGGAGCCGCUGGUGGGCUGGAGCCGCACUCCGGGCAGCCUCCGCCGCGCCGCUUCCAAAGAUGGUCAGAGGGUCCGGAGGCGCCCCCGCCCCCGCCCGCCGCUAGCCCGCGCGCCCGCCCCGCGUCCCGCGCCGCCGCCGCCGCCGCCGCCCGAGCCAUGGCUCUAAAAGGACAAGAAGACUAUAUUUAUCUUUUCAAGGAUUCCGCACAUCCAGUGGAUUUUCUGGAUGCCUUCAGAACAUUUUACUUGGAUGGAUUAUUUACUGAUAUUACCCUUCAGUGUCCUUCCGGCAUCAUCUUCCAUUGCCACCGAGCAGUUUUAGCUGCUUGCAGCAAUUAUUUUAAGGCAAUGUUCACAGCUGACAUGAAAGAAAAAUUUAAAAAUAAAAUAAAAAUCUCUGGCAUCCACCAUGAUAUUUUGGAAGCCCUGGUAAAUUAUGCAUACACUUCCCAAAUCGAAAUAACCAAAAGAAAUGUUCAAAGCCUGCUUGAAGCAGCUGAUCUGCUCCAGUUCCUUUCGGUAAAGAAAGCUUGUGAGCAGUUUUUGGUAAGGCACCUGGAUAUUGAUAAUUGUAUUGGCAUGCACUCCUUUGCAGAGUUUCAUGUAUGCCCCGAGCUAGAGAAGGAAUCUCGACGAAUUCUGUGUUCAAGGUUUAAGGAAGUAUGGCAACAAGAAGAAUUUCUAGAAAUCAACCUCGAAAAGUUUCUCUUUAUCUUGUCCAGAAAGAAUCUCAGUGUUUGGAAAGAAGAAGCUAUCAUAGAGCCAGUUAUUAAGUGGACAGCUCAUGAUAUAGAAAAUCGAAUAGAAUGCCUUUAUAAUCUGCUAAGCUAUAUCAAUAUGGAUGUAGAUCCGGUGUAUUUAAAAACAGCUUUAAGCCUUCAGAGAAGCUGCUUACUCACCGAAAAUAAGAUACGAUCACUCAUAUACAAUGCUUUGAAUCCUAUGCAUAAGGAGAUUUCCCAGAGGUCCACAGCCACAAUGUAUAUAAUUGGAGGCUAUUACUGGCAUCCUUUAUCAGAGGUCCACAUUUGGGACCCUAUGACAAAUGUUUGGAUUCAGGGAGCAGAAAUACCAGAUUAUACUAGGGAGAGCUAUGGUGUCACUUGUCUGGGACCCAACAUUUAUGUGACUGGGGGUUACAGGACAGAUAAUAUCGAAGCACUUGACACGGUGUGGAUCUACAACAGUGAAAAUGACGAAUGGACAGAAGGUUUGCCAAUGCUCAAUGCCAGGUAUUACCACUGUGCUGUCACCUUGGGUGGCUGUGUCUAUGCUCUAGGCGGUUACAGAAAAGGGGCUCCAGCAGAAGAGGCUGAGUUCUAUGAUCCCUUAAAAGAGAAGUGGAUUCCAAUUGCCAACAUGAUAAAAGGUGUGGGGAAUGCUACUGCCUGUGUCUUACAUGAAGUUAUCUAUGUCAUUGGCGGUCACUGUGGCUACAGAGGAAGCUGUACCUAUGACAAAGUCCAGAGCUACAAUUCAGACAUCAAUGAGUGGAGCCUCAUCACUUCUAGCCCACAUCCAGAAUACGGCUUAUGUUCUGUUCCGUUUGAAAAUAAACUCUAUCUCGUUGGUGGACAAACUACAAUCACGGAAUGCUAUGACCCUGAGCAAAACGAAUGGCGAGAGAUUGCUUCCAUGAUGGAAAGGAGGAUGGAGUGUGGGGCCGUCAUCAUGAAUGGCUGUAUCUAUGUCACCGGCGGUUACUCAUACUCGAAGGGAACGUAUCUUCAAAGCAUUGAGAAAUAUGAUCCAGAUCUCAAUAAGUGGGAAAUUGUAGGGAAUCUUCCAAGUGCCAUGAGGUCCCAUGGAUGUGUUUGUGUAUAUAAUGUUUGAUUAAAUCUAUGGAAAUGACCAAAUAGUUACUGUCCAGGAUAGAGUCAUCAAGAAUGUGGGGUUUGGAGUUCUUGUUAUUGUGCUUUGGUACCUAACAGGUAAAUUCUCAUUCUUUAUCACUGCCCCACUCUUCCGAACUCCUAGGUACAGUGGUUAAUGGUCAAGAAAAUUCUUACAUAUCUGCAAUUGAAUCAGUGGAGUUAACACCAGUAGCCUCUGCUUUUCUAAGCUGAUAAUGUUGAAUACUUGAUAAAAGGUAAAAUAAUGGAUUAUUUUCUCUUGGUAGCAUCAACACUGGUUUUAAGUAAGAGUUGUUCUGUGAAAUGAAAUGUCACUCAUGACUUUGUUAUGUAAAAAUCGUUAAAAUUGUUGUAUGUUAGCUAGCAGAAAUUUAAAGUAUAGAGGAGGACACCUCUACCUCUACAAAAUCAACACUACUUUUUUCACUUUUUUUGACUUAUUUAGAUUGUAGUUCUACUAUAAAUCUCUUUCCUUUGAUGUAUGUGUAAUUUAUUAUUCUUUAUUGUCUAUCAGAGAGAUGCAAUGAUAUCUGUGAAAGAUUAUUAAUGUUCAGGGUUUAAAAUUUAAAAGGAUGACAAAUCUGAAAUUUUUCAGAGAAAACUGUCAGACAUUUGCAGACCCAUUUGCUGAUCCUUUGGGGCUUUGAUGUAAAUUGCUAGUUUAGCUGUCUUUAGUUUACGCAUGUUAGAAAAUUCUCUUUAUGACUUAAGUAUAGAUAUACAUCUGCAUAUAAAAUUAAAUUUUAGAGCCAGUAAGCAUGUAAGAAGAGUUGUGAUGUAGUAGAAAAUACACUGAUGAGAAGAGACAUGCACUCAUCCCUUCUCUGCCACUAAGUGGAGCUUAUGGCUUGGAUGGAGUCCCUUGAUCUCCCCUUAAUCAGAACUCCCUGACACUGGUACUUUUGGGUCACAACUAUAUCCACAUAUGAUCCCAGUAUUUCUUGGGAUAAUCAGAGAUGGCCUGGGUAGCUGGACCUUCUGGGUCAGAAAACCUCAUCCAUCUUCAGUGUAUCUGCAGGAUCAUUUUCCAUGUAUGCCAUUAUAAUUUUUUUUUUGCUUCUUGGGUCACACCCAGCGAUGCACAGGUGUUACUCCUGGCUGUACACUCAGGAAUUACUCCUGGCGGUGCUCGGGGAACCAUAUGGGAUGCUGGGAAUCGAACCCGGGUCGGCCGUGUGCAAGGCAAAUGCCCUACCCGCUGUACUAUCGCUCCAGCCCCAAACAUUUCUAACCACUUUUUGUUUUACUUUUUUUGGGCCACACCCAGCGAUGCACAGGGGUUAUUCCUGGCUCUGCACUCAGGAAUUACUCCUGGCGGUGCUCAGGGGACCAUAUGGGAUACCCGGAAUUGAACCCAAAUUGGCUGCGUGCAAGACAAACACCCUACCCACUGUGCUCCAGUCCCAUAUGUCAUUAUUUGAGGAAAGUUGAGAAGCAUUGUUAAACUCAUCUAAAUGUUUCCUGAUUUGUUAGACCAUCUAUUUACGACAUUCUUUAUUUUAAGUACAUAUAGUAAUUAUUUUUAACUUUCAAUACUGAUAUUUAAGACUACCUAAGGCUUUGAUUUUUAAAAAAAAUAAAAUUAUUUUAAUGGUCUAAUGCAGUUCUAAGAUGUCAUUUUAAAUAGACACACUCUUUGGGGAAUGCAGUAUGGUACUACAUAGAGCCAUUAAAAUGACUGUCUUCGCCCCAUAAAUUCUACUUUAGAGAUUUGCAACCUAAAGAAUAAUGUAAAAAUUAAACAUUUUAAAAGUGUAUAAAUGCAUGAGGAUGUUUAUGUCUACAUUUAUAGUAGAAAAAUGGAAAUAAUUGUGCAUGUCAUGGAAGAAAGUGAGCUAAUAAGUACAGUGAGGUACUGUAUUGCUGUUAAAAUUUGGAAGACUAGAAAUAUAGAUGUGUUGUGGUGAGUAAAAUAACUGCAAAACCAAAUGGCAUGCACAUACUGAUUGUGACUUUGUAAAAUCCUUAUGCAUGUGAAAGGUAACAGGCAAAACAAAAAUUCACUGUCAAGUGUACUGGGACAUGGAAUGCUUUUUAAUUUAUUUACACAUUUUUCUUUAGUAUUACUUUGUGUUUUUAAUAAAAAUAAACAAGUCACUGUA